AUGACAUCGAGUAGUGGAUUAUCGGACGAAAAGCUAACUGCGCUUUCUUCCGUGUACGUCUCGUGUCUUAGCUUAAGUUUAAUUGGGAGCUGCUCUGUUAUAGUGGUAACAAUUUUAAAGCAAAGAAAUCUCAAGGAACAGGCUAAGCCUCUGUUCCAGCUGGCUCUUGCAGAUUUCUUGGCUACCUUUGUCUUGUUUCUUACAACUCUGAUUAACUUGUCUCCUAAAGUUGUGCACAAAAGUGAAUUGCUGUGCAGCGAUGGAUUGCCUUUGUCUCUAACAUUUUAUUGUAUCUCUUUCCUUCUUGUCAUCAUUUAUGCCUUUAAGUCAGCACAUACUGCUCAGGGAUGGAGGGAGCAAGGCCAAGAAGAGUACAGUCGCCAGUACAGGAGGUGUACGCUUGAUCAUCUUUAUAUCUUUGCAUGGAUCCUCCCUGUUAUUGGAUAUGUGGUCUACAUCAGCAGCAUCACUUUUCCACUAUCAUUUGUUAUUUCAAACCCAUUAGAAGGUUUUAGUUAUGAAGAAAGUGGCUGGUAUAACAGCAGUUUCUGCAACAGCUGCAUUCUCUUUCUUCACUUACACAUUGAGGAUACUCUAUGUUCUACUGUGCUGGUGUAUUGGAAGUUCCAGAGUUGGUACAGGCAUUUUGAACAGGAUGGCAGGAGAUGUGUAGGCAGAGUUUGGUCCUCAGCCAGCUAUAUGAUCCUUGUCAUCAUCUUCUGCUGGACUCCUGCUCUUAUUGUGAUUGGUGUAUCAUUUGUAUACUCUAACACAGAAAGACUGUUUCCGCUCUUUGUCAUACAGGCGAUAUCAGUUUCGCUGCAGGGAUUCCUCAACAGCAUUGUCUAUGGCUGGAGACGACGUAACUUCAGAGAAGCUGUGUUCACAGAGAGAUUACAUCUGCUGUCUUACGUAAACCAAGCCUUCUAUGAUCAGUCCUUGGCACUAGAAAGGGAAAAUGAAGAAAAUUCCCACUCAGCACGCUGA